AUGAUCAUCACACGCGGAAUCUCCCUUGUCAACUUCGCAGUCGCCUCCUCGGCGCUCGCGUUCCAGGUCUUCGUUCUCUAUCCGUGGCAUAAUCAGUUAGAUGCCGAGUUCAAGGCGCUGAAGGAGGAACAUAUUCGAGUGCUGAACCGCAUGAGCUGUAGUGUGGGCUGUGGUUUCGGGCAGGGUGGUUGGUUCAAGGCUAGCGGUGCUCGUCCCGAUGCAAACGGCGCGGGUUGCGCUCUCCUCUAG